UUAUUAUUGUUGAAUACAUCACAUAUUUAUGAAAUAUAUUUUAGAAUUAUGUUAAAAUGUUAACAAUGUUUAAUUCAUACAUAGUGCAUAGAAUUUUACUUUUUUAUAACAUUUUUAUGACAAUAUGAUAAAUCAUUUAUGAGAUUUUCCACUAGUCUUCCAAAGUUAUUAUACAAGUUUGUAUUCCAAAGUUUAUUUAUAAUAUGGUUUACAUUUGAGUGCCUUAUUAGACCAUAAAAACAAUGAAUUACGAAGAAUUAGUCAUUAAAACAGAACCUCCGGAUUCUUACAUAAAAGACGAACCAUCAGAUGACGAAUUUAUCGAAACACCAACAAAAAUUACAGUAAAAACGGAACCUAAUAUAUUCGUAUUCGAUGACAUAAAGACAAAUAACAUUUACCCUGUUAAAGCAGAGCAUAUCGAUUUAAAAUUGGAGAACAAAGAAGCAGUGUUUAAACUAGAAAUCGAAGAAGAGACAGUACAAUACGACAAUAAUAAUGUAGACAAUUUAAGAUCAGAUUGUUCAUUUUGCCUGGAAUCAUUCAGUAACGCCAGAGGGUUAUACAAUCACAAAAAACGUAGACUCUGCUGCAAGUACAAUACCAAAACAAUUUCAUGGAAAAAACUUUCGAGACUAAUAUCGAAGCCUUUCAAAUGCCAAGUGUGCCUUAAGAGAUUUUGUACCGUUAGAAAUAGGAAUAAGCAUAUGAGUGAUCAUUUCGGAAAGCGUUUUGUGAUAUGCCCAAUGUGCGGAAAAUUUAUAAUAAACCAAUCUGAAUAUACCAAACAUUUUACACAACAUGUAACAAAGCAAUUGCCAGUAAAAUGCAAAUCCUGUUCGGAAAAAUUCACAGCAAAACGCUUGUAUUACAAUCACGUAAAGAUGCACAAAGUCAAGGAGAGGCUAACCAAAUGCGUCAUAUGUUCGAGGACUUUCUCACCGCAAGCAAUGAGAUUCCAUAAGGCGAGCAAAAAAUUUCCGUGCACUCAUUGUUGGAAAGUUUUCUGCGUACAAAGUCGAUUGGCCACCCAUUUGCGAUCGCACACAGGCGAGAAACCCUUCCCAUGUUCCUCAUGUUCGAUGAGGUUUACUACGAACGGGAAUCUCACGAAACAUUUCAGGAUACACAGCGGCUUCAAGCCGUACGUUUGCGAUUAUUGUUCGAAGCGUUUUUCGCGUCCGGAUUACUUGAAGAGGCACUAUUUAGCUAUACAUAACGUGCAUAGGCUCAUCAGAAAAUGCGACUAUAAUAACGAAAACAACGCACAAACGGAGAAACAAGUGGAUUCUAUAACAUGCGAUAUUUGCUCGAAAAGCUACCCGUCCAAGCAAUCGCUUAUUUCUCAUAUGAGGGUGCAUAAUAAGGAGAAAAACUUCAAAUGCGGAAUUUGUUCUAAAACUUUCCUAUACAAAGGUCUGUUAAACGGUCAUCUAAAAAUCCAUAAAGGCGAUAAGCCCUUCGCAUGUACGUUCUGUCCAAAGAGGUUCAUAAAACGAUACGAUCUUACUCGACAUAUCUACACUCAUACUCGAGAAAAAAACCACACUUGUGAGAUUUGCUACGAAAAGUUCUCUCGGUUAGAUGUACUUCGAUUACACCUGAGAUGCCACACCGGGCAAAGGCCUUACGAAUGCUCUUUCUGUUUCAAAACUUUUGCACAAAAGAGCAACUUGACGCACCAUUUAAAAACGUGUAAGCCCUGAGAAGGAAUUCAGGCGUGUUAUUAUUUAAUUUCUUGUUGAAUUCACUCUUAUUUCAGUACGUUAAAAUUAUUCAAGAAUAGGUGGAAAGCACCACUAUUAAUUUUUUAAGUCAUUUAUCUUAGGUUUAUGUUAUUUUUAAAACGGUUUAGACUAGUCGCUCUAACGUCCAUUUUUUUAUUUAUUCUAGACUUUAAAGGUUCUGGUCAGAAAGAGUAAUAUUUUUACACAUAUUUGACUAAACAAUGAAAUUGUUUUGUAUUUUAAAGUAAUUUACACUUAUUUUUUCAAGAUUUUUAAUAUCUUUUAAAUUAAC